AGCCUGCAAAAUGUUUCCACAUCUCCGCGGCAUUUGCACUGCCACUCCUAACAGGAACGGUUGUAAAAGGCAGAAGGCAAAUCCCACCUGGCCAUAGUCCAGCGAGUAAACAACGAAGGGGAAGGAGAUCCGUUUUAUGAAGUUCUGGGAAUCGUCACUUUAGAAGAUGUGAUUGAAGAAAUCAUCAAGUCGGAGAUUCUCGAUGAGACUGACCUGUACACUGAUAACAAGACGAAAAAGAAAGUAGCCCAUCGGGACAGGAAGCAGGACUUCUCUGCCUUCAAGCAGACAGACAGCGAGAUGAAGGUUAAAAUAUCACCACAGCUCCUCCUGGCAAUGCACCGUUUCCUGGCAACAGAAGUAGAAGCCUUUGGUCCAUCCCAGAUGUCGGAGAAGAUCCUUCUAAGGCUGCUAAAGCACCCCAACGUCAUUCAGGAGCUGAAAUAUGAUGAGAAGAACAAGAAAGCCCCGGAAUACUACCUCUACCAGCGAAACAAGCCCGUCGACUACUUUGUUCUCAUUUUACAGGGGAAAGUGGAAGUGGAGGCUGGGAAAGAGGGAAUGAAGUUUGAAGCUGGUGCUUUUUCCUACUAUGGGGUGAUGGCCCUCACAGCAUCUCCAGUUCCCUUGUCCCUGUCUCGUACCUUUGUUGUCAGCAGAACAGAGUUGUUAGCAGCAGGUUCUCCAGCUGAGAACAAGUCACCGCCUCGUCCUUGUGGCUUGAAUCAUUCAGACUCUUUAAACCGGAGCGAUCGCAUUGACGCGGUGACGCCAACGUUAGGGAGCAGCAACAACCAGCUGAACGCAUCUUUCCUUCAAGUGUACGUCCCGGACUACUCGGUGAAAGCGCUCACAGACAUUCAGUUUGUCAAGAUCUCAAGACAGCAGUACCAAAAUGCCCUGAUGGCAUCUCGGAUGGACAAAACCCCCCAGUCCUCGGACAGUGAAAACACUAAAAUCGAACUGACUCUUACGGAGCUGCAUGACGGUUUGCCAGACGAGACGGCAAACCUCCUGAACGAACAGAACUGUGUGACUCACAACAAGUCCAAUCACAGUAUGCACAGCGAAGGCGCCAUCUAGGAGCUACCCCCACCACACGUCCCCCUCCCCCCCCAUCUCCGGCAGAACCAGCCCUCACUCCUUCCUGCCUUUAGACCCGGCCGCAAACACCGUUUAGUACGUGCUUGAAAUGCUGCGCUGCACCCAGUGCUCUGAGACCAAAGACGUUGUGCCCGUCUCGGGAGCAGGAGAGGAAGAAACAAGGAGAACGGAGCAAGAAAGAGGCAACAAAAAAACCAAACGAACCUUGGGAGCAGCGAGCGACCCUCGGCGAACGAUGCGAUUCCUUCUUGCGGAGUAGAAUGGCGUUUAUUUUUUAGCCGUACCUUUGUUCCUCAUUGGGUUUUUCCUCCUUUCUAAAUGCUCACAGGGGAGCUUGAGAAGCUUCUCCAAUUUAUUUUUUCAAGAGAGAUCAUGUUUUUAAAAAGAGUAUUUUGCAGAGUUUAAAAUUGUUGCUGUCCCUCCCCAGCCCCAAGUAGGCUGUGUCAUGACUUCGUGAAUUGGCUCCAAGUGUCCUUGGCCUCUUUCCAUCCUUCUCUUUGGUCCUUUUCUGUUGGUAAGAUGGUAACUGGUACUUGUAUGUAUUUGUCUCCUACAGACAAGGAAUGAGUGGAACUUCAAGGAACCUCUGUCAUAACCAUCUGAAAGUUUGGGGAAGGGCAUUACAUUCUCCCCAGCUCAGUUUCAGGGAAGGGGUGGUUAUUUUGGUGUUAAUAAUCUCUCCGAUUGCAGAAGGUUUCUUUGUAAAAAUGCAAAUAUUGUUACAUUUACAGUUUUGUAGCCUCCAAAAAUGUCAUGCGUUUUGAAUAUGAAGCUGGGGGUACUUUUUAAUCAACAAAAGUGUAGUCUCCUUAAAUUGCAGGCAGGGAUGACUUCCCUGUAAGGGUGCUGGGUGGUUUUUAUAUGCUGGAUAAUUUGCACUGGUGUGACUGGGACUCGUGUGGUGACACACUGCCUCCUGCUGUGUUGGAAGUAUGCACCCCAGCACGUCAGAUCUCAGACUCUGAGCUCCUGUACAGCUCGUGCACCCUGUCCUCCAGCCAGAGCAUGUUUGCAGCCCGUGAUAAAUCACUGGGAUAGGAUUUAGGAGUGAUCAUUUGUCCCCGACCCCUUGGAUGUUGACACAAAAGAUGCUGCUACAACGCCCAAAGUGAAUCCUCCCAGUGGCUUGUACACCUCGGCCACUGCAGGACCAUCCUCUUCUGCUCAAAAACUGACAAAACUUCCAUGCCAGACAGAGCUGUGCGGGAGCAGAUGCUGCGCUCCAGGGAUCAGAGAGGUUAGUCCCUGGGCAGUUUCCCCCCCUGCAGCCCCUCCAUGUCCUCCUCUCUCCCCUUUUGCUGCUUCCAUGAGGCCAUCUGUCCGAUUCUGGAAGCAGGGUGGCGUCUCCUCAGCGCUGCUCCUGUUGCUCAGCCCGGGACACGACCAGCUUCCCCACUCCAGCAGCCUGAGCCCAGAACAGGGGCAAGAUGGGAGGUCUGCACCACGUAUCUUCUAGCCCCCACCAAGCAGUGUCCGUCGUGGAGCUCAUGCAGGGACCAAGGAGCCCCCACACCUCUCCCCUUUUCAGUACCCUCUUCAAGACGGUGUGACAGUCGACCUCAGUAUUAUUCCCUGGAGAGAAGACUACAUCCUGGAGCACAGUCUGUCUGAAGCUCAGUCCUUGCUGCUCGAAGACCACCCCAGGACCCAAGUGUAAUGUAGCGUUUUUCUCCCUUGCGGAUCCAAUAAGCUUUAUCCAGCUCUGACUUGGAGACUCUCCUGAUUCCCAGUGACCCCGGGGGCAGCGCUGGCCCCACUUCCAUCCUGACUCCGGCCCUGGGGCGAACGUGACCUCGAGCCUCGUAACGAUGUCUGUGCAAACAGCGCGUGAAAGGUGCACCGUUUCACCAGAGCAGCUCUUUGGUGGGUUUUGUCCUACCCCACACUCUCCUUUUUACCCUGUCCAGUGAGAACGGGCUGCCUGGGUCCAACGAGAUGGUGGCGAGGAAGGGUACUUCCGAUCCCUUUUCGCAGGAGGCAUGAAUAACACCCGCAGAGGGGAGCACAGCGGUCCCACGCGUGGUAUCGAACACGUGGGGCAGGCCAAGCUUGGAGACCCAAGUCCCAGACUUGACCCUCGCACUUCUUAAGCUCGUAGUUAAGAACACUAAAUCUCUGUUUUUUCUUCCUUUUAAACGUGCUCCUCUUCAUGCCCGGUUCAUGAUCUCUACCACCCUGAUGGCUCUGGAAGGCUGCAGCCACCUGCAGGCUGACAGCGUCCGGAAAGCACCCAGGCCUCUGGUCAGGCUGGUGGGCUGCCUGCUAAACCAGCCCCUCAUUGCCCAGCUCGAGGAGAGCUGCUAGUAUCGCACCUCUUUCUACAGAGCAGAGUGAGACGACAUUGCAAUAUUAACUCCUGGCCCAGGCAGGGACGUGCUUCUCUGCGUCGGCCCUUCGUAUGCAAGCCACCUCCAUGGCUUUGUGUUGUUGGAUGUACAAUGCUGUUGAAAGCGCGGCACGCGGGGGUAACCAUGGGGUGCAGUAUCCUUCCUAUCAAACCUGCUCGGCAAAGCUGUCCUUGGAGGCAGGGGGUCUCUCUUCCGAGCUGGUUUCCGCGCUUCGUGCCACGUCACGGCUGGUCGAGAAGACCUGCUCCCAGUGACAAAAGUGACACAAUCUCGCGGGCGAAUCCCUCCUUGCUGCGCUCUUUUGUCUGUGUUUCACAUUACGCGAGGGCUGCCUGGGAAACAUCCCUCUUCUCGCAUCCAGCAUUUGGAGCAGAACUUGAAAUAAUCUGCGUGAAACCCGUCGGUCACAGAUGUUUCAUAAGGAUUAUAGGCUCCUCUCCUAGAUGGAGACAAGCUGCUACUAACUAGCUUGAAGAGGGGGGCUUCCACUCCACCAUCAGGCAUUGUCGCGACACAGACAACCAGUCCGAUGUCUUGGGGGUUGCUGGACUUGACUUCAGCCUUUGGCCCAUGGCAAGGGUUUGCUCCAUAGAAAGGAUACUGCAUCUUUCCGUGUCGGCCCCUGCGGCCUGUCCCGUGUCUGUUGGUCUGGGUGGUGGUGCGGACGCCAGUCCAGUUGUGGGCAGGGCAGGGUGGCCAUGUUUUCUAAUGUUGAUACCGUUUUUGCACAAGAGUUCUUUGAAGUGAGGUUUUUGACACUAAUAUCUUAAAUGCACAACUGUGAAUUCGUUUUUACACUCCUGUUGGUUGAAUUCCUCCCAAUGACACGAACCUGAAUCUGUUGUAACCAUGAUUUUUAAUUCUGUGUAUUGCCAAAUCUUUGUAAAGAGUGAAAGGCAUGUUCUUGCUUUACAAUGAGUCUUUCUCCCACCCCUGCUGACUCCAGGAGAUCACACGAAGCAUGCUAGCUCUGCAUUGCGGGAAGGGAUUUGGCAGUCCCACCCUUCUCUCUGCAGACCCAAAUUCAGGUCUUCUGGAUGGCCCUUCAUCCCGUUCCCCACUUGUCGGCACCCUAAACACUCUUGAAAGAUGUUGCACCAAAGACCCAAGAACUGGGUUGUACCAGAGAGUUGGGUUUGAGGUACGUUGGCAGAGUGGUGGGAUGGCGUCGCUGCCACGACUAGCGGAGGUGGUGAUGCAGCCGAAGGUUGACCCGCCCCGUCAGAGCUGGAGGGGGGGCCCAGUCGGGCUCCUUCACGGUGCCGUAGAGCUGGGUUGCGCUGGAUGUGAGGGGUUAAGCGUGUUCAACUUGAUUUAUAGAAUUGCCUGCAUCCCUUCUCACCUCCUCCUCCCAGCUCCUGCUGCCUCCCCUCACGUCUCUUCUUCCUCCCUGUGUGUCUUUGUGCCUGGAUACUUCUUCAGAGAAGGAGCAGGAUCUGACUCUUUGCAGUCUCCUUCUCCAGUGGAGAAGUAGGGAAGG